AUGAUUGUGAAGAAUUUCAAGUCGUUAGUGGUGAAGACGUGUUUAGAAGAGUUUGGACAUCGUGUUUUGAUCGGUAUUUUUGAUGCGGUUGACGAUACAGUCUUGGUGAACAAAUAUAUUGUUUCGGAAAUAGCCAACGAAGUGGGAACAGUGGCGUUGAAUAAGUUUGGUGAGCGUGUGCUGCAUUAUUUGAUCAAUCCACGUGAUCCACGAUAUUUCGGUAAAGGAUCUAUUGAUAUCUUCAAAGAAGGUGAUAACAACGCACACAGUAAGAAGGAUGCAAAGGAACGAUACGCACAGUUGUUUGGGGCAAUCGCGAAACCAUUGAUGACUUAUAUAAGUGCCAAUCUGAAUGAACUGUUGUUCGAUACGCUCACAGCACUGCUCGUGCUGAAUAUAUUGGAACCAUCAGAGUUCAUACCGUGCGAUACAGAGCGAUUACAUGCUAUUGAACAUCCGAAUGCACACUUCGUCAUAUCGAAGCUCUUACAAGCUGACUCGAAAUUCGACGUGAAAUUGAGCGAUCACUUAAUGGGUUUGGGUGAAGCAACACUCUCGUCGUGGGUUUCUUGUAAUCGUGGUUGUUUCAUCUUAUUGCACAUGUUCGAGAACGGCUCUGAGGAAGCGAAGAGCAUGUUGCAGAAGUGUAUUCCAUUGGCAACGUUGAAGAAUUAUUCGACGAAAGGGGCGCAAGCACUCUUGAAAAAGCUCUCGCCCAAGUAG